ACGGCCAUGUUUUUCCGUGUUGUGAUAGAAAAUGCGCGGUUACACAGCACUACCUCACCGAAGAAACUGACACAUGAAAUUGUAGCAAAUUUAUCGCUAACAAACCACAGGAAAGCUGGUAAUCUGCUCAUUUUGAGUUCUUGUACCAUACAUGUACAUGUUUUGGUGAUAUUUACCCACAUCACAGAUAAUUUCCAAAAACAAGAACAGCUUCAAGAGCAAGAUCUGUUUCCGUUUACGAAAACCGCUGGACGGAAGACAUUCUUGGCGGUAAAUUCAUUAAUUCCACGCGCGAAUGAUCUGAGGCAUUCCGAGCGAAUGGUUUUGAACUUGCUUCGUCUUCGAGGAUCGAUUUUACAUCUCUGCCGCUGUUUUUCAACUGGUAAAUCGGCAAUGGAAGCUGGAAAACGAGCUGCAGCGAGAUAUGCUGUUGACACAUAUGUGAAGGAUAAUCAAGCCCUUGGAAUAGGCUCUGGAUCAACAAUAGUGUAUGCAGUUGAACGUAUAGCUGAAAGAGUGAAGGAUGAAAAGUUGCAUUUACUCUGUGUUCCAUCAUCAUUCCAAGCCCAGCAGCUGAUCAUACAACACAAGCUGACGCUCAGUGAUCUCGAUAGAACCCCCGAGUUAGACAUUGCUAUUGAUGGAGCUGACGAUGUGUACAGUGACUUAACUGCCAUUAAAGGAGGAGGAGGCUGCUUGACUCAAGAGAAGAUAGUAGCAUCUUGUGCUAAACAAUUUAUUAUCAUUGCAGAUGACAGAAAAGAUUCUGAGCACCUUGGUGAAGCAUUCAAGAAGGGAAUUCCAGUUGAAGUGAUCCCCAUGGCAUAUGUACCUGUUAUGAAAAAAAUAGACAAACUUGGGCUUAAACCAAUUCUAAGAAUGGCACAAGCUAAAGCUGGUCCUGUAGUGACUGAUAAUAGCAACUUCAUCAUUGAUUGCCAGUUUGACAAGGUCUAUGACUGGAAAAGUCUAAACACGCAAUUGAACCUAAUACCAGGAGUGGUAGAGACAGGGCUGUUUGUUGGUAUGGCGGAAUGUGCCAUAUUUGGAAAACCGGAUGGCACGAUUACCAAAAGAUAGCUCGACAUCAUGUAUCUCAAACACACUCGCUGGACAACACCACGCACUCCCCAUAAGGAGAAACGUAUUUUUUCGUCGACGUAGAGUACUUUUGUUUGUUAUAAGACAAAGUCUGAAUUUUUCAUAAUACUGUGACAUGUAGAGCAAUUUAAUUUGCUGAUUAGUAUUUUUUAGCCUUCAAUGCUGGUAGCUUUUGGACGCUAGAUGAAAACGGACAGUGGAGCUCUGGAAACUACCGAGCUUCGAGAGAAAUCCCCUCGAAGGUCCGCCGCACGUUUUUGCGGUUCGGCCGCCAGGCACAUCAAAGGGCAGACGAAACUUGAAGUUAGGCAAGCUUUGAACUUUUAUCAGAAGAAAAGUGGUUUAAAAGCAUGCGCUUUCUAAGUUGAGAGUAACUUAUUUUCGAAUGUAUUUUUGAUGUCAGCGCUUCUGGCCGGAAAAAGCGAUGGUAAAGGCAGUGUUUAUUUAGCAAAGAAAGAGAUAUUUAAAAGGAAGCCUAAACUUGAUUACAUGCUUAAUGGUAGACAUUAAAAAGAAAAAAAAACAACGGAUAAAAGAUUAAAAAUAAUCGUUUCAUGUUAUGAAUGCAUCAAACUCACGAAUCAGUAUGCCGUAUGUCUAAGGUUCACUUUGGGAUUCAGUCAUUUUUCCCUUGCUACGUUCAUCUCAAGUGAAUAAACAUUUUUCUGCAUUCGUCGAGUAAGCUCAAAAUUUAGCACCUUUCUUCACCUCGGUAAAGCUAUAGCCCUGCCUGCUGGGUGCUUGUCUUAUGUAUUAUGUAAUGGAAAUUAAACCAAGAGGAGUGCAA